AUGUCGAACAGAUCGGGCUACUCGCUGGCCCGCAUCCUCACUCUAGGGCUCAUCUUCCAUCUAGUCUACAUCGGCACCGUCUUUGACUGCUACUUCACGAGCCCGGUCGUCCAUGGCAUGCGUCCGCACCGGCUGCCGCAGGCGGAAGCGAAGCGCCUCGUGCUCAUCGUCGGUGACGGGCUGCGCGCGGACUUUGUGUUCAGCGCGAAUGCCAGCGCAAUCGUACCGGACGCACCGGAGCGAGUCGCCCCUUACUUAAGGGAGAUAGUUGAGACGAGAGGGGCGUACGGAAUUUCGCAUACGCGUGUGCCGACGGAGAGCAGACCCGGCCACGUAGCCAUCAUAGGCGGGAUGUAUGAAGAUGUUUCUGCCGUGACGAAGGGAUGGAAAACUAAUCCCGUAAACUUUGACUCGGUGUUCAAUCAAUCCAGCCACACAUUUUCGUUUGGGUCGCCAGAUAUCCUUCCUAUGUUCUCGCACGGCGCGACGCCGGGAAAAGUCAAGAUGUGGUGCUAUGAUGAAGAAGACGAGGAUUUCACAAAGGACGCUACCGCAUUGGAUAUCUGGGUGUUUGAACACUUAGAAGCGUUGCUGAGCAACGCUACCACUAACGAGUCACUGAACGCGCAAUUGCGCCAAGAGAAGGUCGUGUUUUUUCUCCACUUACUCGGGCUCGACACGACUGGACACUCCUACAGACCGCACUCCAAGGAAUACAUGAACAAUAUACGUGUCGUGGAUGACAUCGUGCGCAAGACGGAGCAGCUGAUAUCGCGGUUUUACGGCGACGAGGACACGAGCUUUGUGUUCACGGCUGAUCAUGGAAUGUCGAGGAUCGGCAACCAUGGCGAUGGAGAUCCCGACAAUACGCGCACGCCGCUCAUAGCCUGGGGCGCUGGGAUCCGCGGUCCCAUCCACGCAUCGACGCAGGUAGACGAAUACUCUGCGCCAUGGGAGCUCGGUCAUCUCGCCCGCCGCGACGUCGAACAAGCAGACAUAGCGGCGCUGAUGUCCGCGUUGCUCGGCAUCGACUGGCCUGUCAACUCUGUCGGCGUGUUGCCGGACGUUGACCCCGGUGCGGAUGGAUACCUGAAAAUGAAGGAUGGGGAGGCGGGCGUGGCGGCGGCCGCACUUACAAAUGCAAAGGUCAUCCUGGAGCAUUAUCGAGUCAAGCAUGAGAUGAAGGAGGCCCAUACACUCUUCUACAAGCCAUUCAGAUAUUUUGAGCAUCCAAGUUCGAAUUAUCCAGGCUCCUCGGAAAUAGCCGAUAUUGAGCGUCUCAUCGCUGAAGGGCGAUUCAGCGAGAGCCGCCGUCAUUCUGCAAAGCUCAUCACAGCGGCUCUUCAAGGCCUCCGAUAUCUUGAAACAUAUGAUCGCACCCUCAUUCGCAUCAUUGUUACCGUUGCAUACACAGGCUGGAUUGCGUUCAGCGCAUUAUUCAUUCUUGUACCUCGGAAACCCUCUGCAUUAUGGACACCAGGCAGCCCUUUGAUAUUCCUUCUCUCUGUUUCAACACUUCUUGCAUUCUGGGCCCUGUUCGCUCUGCAAAAAUCUGCAUGGACUUUGUACAUCUACAUCGUCUUCCCAGUAUAUUUCUGGCAUCGAAUCAUCGAGCAAACCGGAGAGCUUAUAUCCUUCUGGCGAAGACUGGAGCACACCACGCCUCUCGCUGGGUCGAAAUUGGCCAUUGGAGGAGUGUUGGUAGUCGCAGCGUUGCAAAGCAUGGUGCUUGGAUACACUCACCGCGCGAUCUGGAGUGUCGGCUUCGUGCUUAUCGGGAUCGUGUGGCCAGCGAUCUCCUGGCCGAAGAACAUGGUCAGUCAAAAUUGGCGAUUAUACCUGUCGUGGGCGUCCGCUUGUGUGGUGACGGCGAUUUUCCCGCUCCUGCGCGUGGAUCCGGCAGAAAGCACGGGCGUCAUUAUGUUGGGCGGGCUCUGCAUGCUUCUUGCUGGGCUCAUCGGCGCGCGCCGCACUCACUCAAACAUGCACUCUGAACAGCUCGUCCUGAUACUGGCGAGCAUGUCGGUCACGGCGAGUUCGAUUCGGAACUUGCAGGCCAAGACGGGCCUCCCACUGAUGAACCAAGUGCUCGGUUGGGUCGUCCUCGUCACGGCUUCCCUGCUUCCCGCCUUUAUGCGCAUUUUGUCCACGUCUGGGGAGACCAAGUUCCUGAUCUACGUGCUGACGUUCUGCCCAUGCUUUAUUAUCCUGUCCAUCCGCGCCGAGGGCCUGUUUUAUCUCUCGUACUGCGUAACACUGUUCUUUUGGAUCAAAGUCGAAGAGGCCGUGCGCGCACGGACAACCCAGGCAAACGGAGCUACAGGUGUCAAAGAUAAAGCUGAUAAUUCAACGGUGGACGAUCAAGUAAGGGGGCACUGGAAUCCCAGUGAAUACAGGCUGGACGACGUCAGGAUAGCACUGUUUUUCUUGUUUUUCGUUCAGGUAGGCUUCUUCGGGACCGGAAAUGUUGCAUCCAUAUCGUCAUUCUACCUUGAGCCCGUGUAUCGCCUGGUGCCGAUUUUCAGCCCAUUCCUCAUGGCCUCACUCUUGCUCUUUAAGAUUCUCGCGCCAUACGUGCUGCUCUCAGUUGCGUUCGCAACCGUUAACGCACGUGUCGGCAUGCCGCCUUUUGCGCUGUUUUUGGUGGCGCUGACCUUGACAGAUGGCAUGACGAUGACGUUCUUCUUCAAUGUCACCGAUAGUGGGUCGUGGCUGCAGAUUGGACAGUCAAUAUCCCACUUUUGCAUCACGUCGCUCCUGCUUGUGUUCUCGGCAGUGAUAGCAGCAGCUGGAGAACACCUUUUGCGAGAUGGCAACAUGCGAAGUGGGGGAAAAGCAGAAUAA